AUGAAGGUCUAUUUCACAUGCUUUGCUUUGUUGGCGGCCAUAGUGAUCUUUACAGAAGCUGCACCAUUGGCCCAUGAAUCUCACGGUGUAUCAGACUCCAAGUGUCCCCUGAUGGUGAAAGUUUUGGAUGCAGUUAGAGGAUCUCCAGCAGAAAAUUUGGCAGUGAAACUUUUUAGGAAGGAAAAGGAUGGUAGCUGGGAAUUGUUGUUUACUGGGAAAACUUCUGAGGAGGGAGAAAUUCAUGAUGUAAUAACUGAGGAAAACUUUGUACAAGGUGUAUAUAAGGUUGAAUUUGAUACAAAGCCUUUCUGGAAAUUAUUUGGCCUUAACCCAUUCCAUGAAUUUGCUGACGUGGUGUUUUCUGCUAACAAUGCCGGACAUCGCCAUUAUACAAUCGCCGUCCUACUCACCCCAUUUUCCUUCUCAACUACUGCUGUUGUUAGUGACAUCAUUAGUAAUUAAUCAAUGG